AUGACAGAGAGCGGCGACGUUUAUUUUGUGCUGCGCGCGGAGGGGUGCGUCCACUCCAGCGACGUGCGGCAUGUGUCGUCUUCCGACGGGCUGCUUCUCACCGCGUCGCGCGACCACACCGCCAUGAUUCUCCCGGACCAGCCUUCCUCGGACACCAUCGAACCCGGUAUUGUGUUGGCAGGUCACACGGAAUUCGUGAACUUUGCCCUCUUUCACCCCUCCAUGACGCUCCUUGACGGCGAACCCUGCAUUGUCACGGGCAGCAACGACAAGCACGUGGCGCUGUGGAACCCUGCGACCGCAGCGCUGGAGGCGGUGCUGGACGGCCAUGCGCAUGGGGUCUGCUGCGGUGCCGUUGUGCUACCGGACUGCGGGGACAUCGUGACGGGAGAUUGGGGUGGCGUGUGUGUUGUUUUUGACUGCGCAACCGGCGGCGUGAAGCAAAGCUACACCGGGCACAAGACGGCGGUGCGAGCCGUUGCGCAGCUGCCAGGAACACGCACCGUGGUCACUGCCUCGGGCGACAAGACAAUCCACCACUGGGAUUUGGCGACGGGGGCCACGCUGGCCGUCUUUGUUGGCCACAGCGACGUUGUGCAGUGCAUCUGUGCAAUGGGUGCAACCCGCUUCGCCACGGGGGGAAACGACGCCACGAUCAUCAUUUGGGACACCACGAUGGGGCACACCCCGCUCCGCCUCCUGACGGCGCACUACAGCCUGGUCUACUCCCUCUGCUACUGUCCGGCGCGACAGCUGCUCUUCUCCGCCUCGGAAGACCGGUCCUUGAAGGUGUGGCGGGGCGGGGUGGUGGACGUGGCCUCGUCGGACGCACAGGCGGAGCCCGUCGUCGUGCAGAGUAUCAGCCAUCCAUGCGUGGUUUGGUCUGUUUGUGUGACAAACGCGGGCGAGAUCGUGACUGGCGGUUCCGACGCUGUCGUGCGCAUGUGGACGGCGGAGGAGAACCAGAUGGCGUCGCCGGAAAAGUUACACUCACUGGAGGCGGCGGUCGCCGCUCAAACGAUCGACGUGAAGGUUGCCACUAACGCCGGUCUCAAUGCGGCCUCGACGCUGCCGGUGGGGGAUCUGCACCUUUGCAGGGGCACGCAACAGGGCGACCGCCGCUUUGCCCGCACUGAGGCCGGCGCGAUUGAGCUCCACGUCUGGAACCGUGGCCGCUGGGAAAAGGUGGGGACUGUGGUGCAUGGGCCCCAGGGAGAGGCCUUCACCGGUGGGCCGCAGCCGCGAGAGAAGAAGUACCUGAACGGUGUGCCGCACGACUACAUCUUUGAUGUGGACGUGGAUGGGAAGAUGCUCAAGCUUGCCUACGACAGAGGCCAGAGCAUCUUUGAGGCCGCGCAGAACUUCAUCAACGAAAAUAGCACCAUCGUCUCUCAAACGCACAAGGAAGAAAUACAGAACUUUAUUCUAAGCAACGUUGAUCCAAGCGACAUCCAGCAGGGAACGGGAAAUGCCAACGCGGCUCCUGCGGCUGCCGCUGGUGGUGGUGGUGAGCCGGUUUUCUCUCAGUACGCCCGCGAGGCGGCUGCGUUGCAGCAGGCCGGUGUCACACACACCCCAAGCUGGGGUGAGGCGCUGCGCACCCUGCAGACGGCGGGCGUCUCUGCAAACGACGUCGCCUUUUCAGGCUACGCACGGGAGGGGAUACUACUUCAGCAGGAAGCGGCCCGAUUGGCGGGAGCACCUCCAGCCACGGCGGGCGACACAAACCGCAGUAUUGUGCGAUGGAGCAGCUACAAACGCUUUACCUCGUUUAAUGCCGCCGGGGCAAAGAAGAAGAUCGAGGAGUUGACGGGCAACUCGGAGCUGGGCGCCUUGGUGGGGCGGGCGGCGGCGGCGGCGGCGGGAGAACCAAACCGCGCCCUGCUGGACGAGGUCACGGCGCUCUACUAUGCACUGCCCGAGGCCGCCCGGUUCCCCGCCUUGGACCUCCUCAGCCACCUCCUCGUGGCUGCCGCCCACCCGUUUGGUUGGCUGCGGCUGCUCCUGUCCGCCGACUGCGGCGGGAGUGCGCCCGACGCACAGGCCUUCUUUCAGGGCCGCGUUCAAAAUUUGUGUCAAGUUCCCGCUGCGGAGGCCCUUGUGACGACGCGCCUUUUUGCCCACGUGAUCACAGCGCUCGACAAGGCCCCAACCGGGGCGCAACUGGACGCGGAGGAGACGGCGCUGCUCCUCGCAAUGCUGACGAAGGCGCCACAGCCGCUGCUUCAGACGAAGCAGAGUAAUUUGAAGACGGCCCUCAGUGCGCUGUUGCAAAACGCGGCGGUGUUUCUGGCGGGAGACCCGGUGGUGCUUGGCGCCGAGGCGGCGCGGGAGGCCACGCAGGGGGUCGUGCGUCUGCUGGCGCAGUGGCUCAUUUUCGAGCCCAUCUCCUCUCCACACACGCGAGACCUUGUGGCAACCGUCAUGACGCUUUUUUUGCCUGACGAAAGCAGCAGCGGCGGCAGUCAAACCUCAGCCACUGCAGUCGAGGUGGGACGCGCCACACUGGCCCAUACGUUGCGAGCAUUAAAAGCGGGGCCGGAGCCGCAUUGCCGGGAGGCGGCCACAACACUUCUGCGGCGGUUGGAUGCCACGGAAUCGCACUAA